AUGUGGCCGUUAGCCAAUGCUGUAGCAGCCAGAGAGGCCCUGAGAGAGACAACUAUUUAUCAUGAUCAGGGAGAGACUUUAACUGAGAAGAAACGUCAACUAGUGUCUGAUAAAGUGAGGCCAUCAAUAAUUUACCAAGAGAGAUGUUUCAACCUUCAUGAAGAUGAAUGGAUAGAGGUUAAGGAUAAUUUUAAGGACGCAUGUUUUGAAAUGAGAUUUCUUAAUGAUGACAAGGAGUAUGUUGCAGCGAUAUCUGCAACAUUAUGUAAUCUUAAGCUGCAGCUGGAAAAUUAUAUGUUAAAAUGGAAAUCUGAUUUUCUAUAUGUUUAUAAUAUUUUGCGGUUAAUGUUUCAAUUCAUUGCUGCAACUUCGAUUAAUGUUGUUCAUAUGAAUAUAAACAAAAUAGCAUCAUAUGAAGCGCUGGAUGGUAUCUUUCUAACAAAUCUGCAGUUGAUAAUCAUUGAGAUACAAAAUUUGACACUCAUUGAGAUUGAGAAUAUGUUGCAAUCAAAUCGAAGAAGUUUCCAUGAAUUUAAAGAUAUGCCUUAUCCAGAUUCAUAUGUCACAUGGCACAUUGGCAAUAGACUAAUUUGUGAUGAACAUGAAUACAAUGCCGAUACUGAAAGACAAAAUUUCCACAAACUUUUUUGUGCCCUUACAUAUGAACAACGUUCAAUAUUUGAUAAAAUCAUGGAAGCUGUCAACAAACAAAGAGGAGGGGUGAUUUUUUUACAUGGUUAUGGAGGGACCGAAAAAACAUUCAUGUGGAGAAAACUAUCAAGUGGAAGAAAUGCCCACUCAAAGUUCAAAAUACUCGCGCCAACACUUGACUACUCUAGUUGCAAUAUUGACAAAGACACCGAGUAUUCACAGUUAUUUGAAGCAACUGAUGUGAUAAUAUGGGAUGAAGCACCUAUGUCUCAUAAGAAAUGCUUUGAGGCAUUGGAUAAAACCCUUAAAUAUGUCAUGAGUAAAAAGGGUCUUGCGAAUAAAGUUUUUGGUGGGAAAGUUGUCUUUGGAGGAGAUUUCAGACAUAUUCUUCCAGUUGUUCCAAUAGUAGGGCAUUCUGAUAUUGUCCAUGCAUCAAUUAGCUCAUCGUAUGUAUAA